AUGGCGUAUGAUCGAUAUGUUGCCAUCUGCCAACCACUGCACUAUGAGACAAUGAUGAACAGCAGAGCUUGUGUCCAAAUGGCAGUUGGUGCCUGGAUCAGUGGGAUUCUAUACUCUAUGCUACACACGGGGAACACAUUUGCAUCGAGCUUCUGUGGAGGCAAAACGGUGGAUCAGUUCUUCUGUGAGAUCCUCCAGCUACUCAAACUCAUCUGCUCUGACUCAUAUAUGAGUGAAGUUGGGCUUAUUGUCUUUAGUAUAUGUUUAGUCUUAGGCUGCUUUAUUUUUAUCACUGUGUCGUAUGUUCAGAUCUUCAAAUCAGUGUUGAGAAUCCCCUCUGAGCAGCGCCGGCAUAAAGCCUUCUCCAUCUGCCUUCCUCACCUCACUGUGGUUUCCUUGCUUGUUUGCACUGGCGUAUUUGCCUAUCUAAAACCCACCUCCAACUCCCCAUCUGCUCUGAAUCUUGUGAUGGCUGUUCUUUAUUCUGUAUUGCCACCACUCAUGAAUCCAAUUAUCUACAGCAUGAGGAACAAGGAGAUGAAAGCUGCCCUGAGGAGACUGACUGUGUGUAAGUAA